CCAAUUUUUUUUUGUAUUGCGCUCUUCCUUCUCGCAUUUUUAUUUCGUUUUGUCAUUUCUCUUCCAAAACAAAAUAAAUAAAUAAACCGUCGACUGGCAAGUCUAAUAUUAGGGCGUUUUUUUGUUUGUUUUAGCUUUCUGUGCUUCAUAUGCCGGCCGCGUCGAGACUAAAAAUAAUGUAACUGAUAUUGGCUGUUCGGAGUAGCAGGUAGCGCGGCCAGUAAUAUUUUCAGAUUCGCACGUAACUUCUGCCUGAACGCUUACAUUCCCAUCACAUUCACUUUCGAAUACGUACGGUGUAGUAGUAUCUAUCUAUAAGAAUAAGUAGAUUCUAAGUUACCAUCCUACCUCAUACACAAAGCAAUAAAAGACAUGAAAAAUAAGUAUAGGAACACCGAUUCGGUGAUCAAAGCCGGUGAUUUAAUAUUAAUUGAGCAACCUUUUGUGUUCGUUUUGUCGUCAAAAGAAAAAGGAAGCCGAUGUGACAAUUGUUUAGAAAAGGGCAAGGUGUUGAAAUGUUCGGGAUGCCAAUUCGUUCACUACUGCGGCAGGUCAUGCCAGAAAGAUGCUUGGCCUGAUCACAAGUGGGAAUGCGCCAACCUAAAGCGGGUGGCGCCCAAAGUGAUCCCGGAUGCGGCUCGCAUGCUUGCCAAGAUCAUCAACAAGCUGAGCCGUGGAGAUGGGCACUCUUACCGCGCCUUCUACACGGGCAACUCGUUUCGGAUGUGGAAAGAUCUCAUGUCGCAUUACUCCGACCUGAAGACAGACAAGAAGAGGAUGGACCACUUCACAUCAUUGUGCAUGGUGCUGUACGAAUUCCUCAAGGACUUGUCAUUGCCGAAUACUGUCGAGCUCAUGGGGAUCUACGGAAGGAUGGUAAUCAACAGUUUCACGAUCCUAGACAUCGACAUGAACUCCAUCGGUACCGGCAUAUACCUGGCAGCGUCGAUUUUGGACCACAGCUGUGAGCCCAAUGCAGUGGCCACAUUCGACGGCAAAACUAUCAGUAUCCGGGCCACGAAGGACUUGAGUUGUUUAGACUGGUCGCAGAUGAGAAUAUCGUACAUAGAUCUGAUGAAGACGCCCUACGAGAGACAGACAGAGCUGUUAGAGAACUAUUAUUUCUUGUGCCAAUGUGACAGGUGCAUGGAUGAGACGCAGCUGAAAAUGGUGCACGCAGGGAAAUGUCUGAACGCGUCUUGUGAUAACCCAGUCGUGAUCAAAUGGAAGGAAAACUGUCCAUUAGUGAGGACACCAGACAGUAACACUAAUGUCAAUGAAAAUAAGAAUACUGAGAGCAUAAACGGAUUGACAGAACUGACAGCCAACAUAUCAAUAGCAAACGAUGUGAUACGAUGCGACGAAUGCGGGACGAAGUAUACGGAUAAGCAUGUUGAGGAUUUUGUGAAAGCGAUGGAGUUCACAGAGUUGCAUUUACGGAAUAUGAAGGAGGCUUCGGUUGCAUAUGUGGACGUCUGCAAGUACUGCCUGGAAAGACAAGAGGGUGUGCUCCACCAUUUGAACGUGAUGCACGCACAGACUCUGGACCACGCGUUUGAUGCCCUCAUACAAGUCCAGAUGUGGCAGAAAGCGUGUGUUUAUGCAGACAUGCUGAUUCCAUGUUUCAGAUUUUACUACGGAGACCGGCAUCCUCUACUUGGACUGCUGCAUCUUAAGUACGGCAAAAUAUUACUAUACCAAAUGGACUUGGAUAAGGCACUCAGUCAGUUUAAAUUGUCAGAAAAGAUAUUAAAAAUAACACACGGUGACAAACAUCCGCUUUAUAGGGAAGAGUUGUUGCCCCUACUCAGACAAGCUAUGGUGGAGUCAUCGUCAAUAUGAAUUGUUUUUUGAUGCCAUUGCGUUUUUACAUUGUCAAU